AUCACGGACUCUCAGUGAGUUGACUGUCUUCUGUACUGCCGCUCGGCACCCUUGUUGGAUGACUGACGGCCGUAAUUGACACGCACUUGGUGAAUUGACUCUUACUAUAUUGUGUGGUUAGAAAAAAUAACUGAUUAAAAGCCACAAAUAUAUAAAAAUGUAAUUAAAUUCCCGCAUUCGCGUCUUCGGGAGUGUAACACGUACUUUGUCCAAAAGCGGUUGCCGUACAAUCUCCGCGGCGAGUUUUACAUUGAUUUUGUCUUUAUUUACAACGGAACGUUCAAAAAGAACGGCCAGUAGGUGACAUACAAAGAGGAAAAGAGACGGAGUUCCAUAUUACAAGAAUUCCUUAUACUGUAUGGAACACAAACUCAAAGUUUUAUGUUCCUUCACAUUUGUAAAGGGGGUAAAAAAAUUGAUUUAAAAGAUAGUUUUGUUCACAGGUGGAUCGUUGAUGAACCGAAACAAUAUGUUUUCAAAGCAAAGGAAGUAUGUGGUUCCUGUAAAAAUCAAAUGCGACGAGUCAUUUUCCGUUUUGUUUAUUGUUAACGUGAUAUAUUCAACAAAGAACUGAUUGCAAAACGAACCAAGAUGGCGACUGAUAUGAGCAUGCGCAGUGGCGGCUCCUCUUAUUCCGUUUCAUGUUUUGGGAAUGAAAUAGCCGAGCGGACGAAAAAACAGUUGCUGUCAAAAUGUUGAAGGAGUUUGUAAGGGAGCGACUCAUGGCGGCUGCCGACGAAAUCCUAGAACUGUUUGAAAGCACCAUCACGUCGUACGCGGAGCAACUUUGUCGCGCCAGAGAGGAGAACGAGCGACACCAACGCCACCUGGAAGCCGUUCGCCCAAAAAGUCACAUCCAAGACCAGGAUCCACAGCCUCCCUGCCUCAAAGAGGAAGAGGAGCAGGCGGAUGUCAGCAACUUGCCGCCCACUGUUGUCGCUGUGAAGAAUGAAGACGACGAGGACAAGCCGCCCGAGUCGUCGCAGAUUCGCCAUCGCAGUCCAAGCGUAGGACCGGAGGCGAAUGCGGCGGCGGACAACCUCUUGGCGCCGCUCUCACAUAGCGAAGACACUGAGGAAUCGUCGAGGAGCGGCACGGACUGCGAAGUUGCGGAUCAGGAGGACAACGAGGAUGCACACGGCCCCGACGUCAAGGAGGAAGAGGAGGAGGUGGACGUCAGCAAGUUGCCACUGACUGUCGUCGUCGUGAAGGGCGAAGAUGACAACCAAGCACCUGAGCGGUCACAGUCAAGUGGAGAAGCCCCAACAGACAACGUCUCCCCACCACUGUCGCAUAGUCACAACUCGAAAGAACCCUUUACGAGUGACGCAGACUGCGAAAGUGACGACAGACACUUGAGAAGCUCUGAACGGCAGAGAACAGAUGUAGGUAAAAAACGGUUUAUCUGCUCGGUUUGCGGUGAAAGUUUUGCCCGAAAAGAAAACAUGAAUGUACACAUGAGAACACACACGGGAGAGAAACCUUUUAGUUGCCCAGUUUGUGGUGAGAAAUUUGCUCGCAAGGGCUCAUUGAUUGGUCAUGCGGCAACGCACACGGGGGAAAAACCUUUCAGGUGCUCAGAGUGCGGCGAAAGCUUUACGUACAAUUACAAUUUGACUCGGCACAUGCAGACGCACACCGGGGGGAAACUCUUCAUUUGCUCCGUUUGCGGCGUGAGCUAUCCUUACAGGCACAGUUUGAACGUUCACAUGAGAACGCACACUGGAGAAAAACCCUUUAGCUGCUCAGACUGUGGCGAAAGAUUUACCAAUAAGAGAAAUUUGAACGUGCACAUGCGGACACACACGGGAGAGAAACCCUUCAGGUGUUCAGUUUGUGGUAAAAGAUUCUCUCAAGGCUCACAUGUGAUUACGCACAUGAGAACUCACACCGGGGAAAAGCCUUUCAGUUGUUCCGUUUGUCAUUCUACGUUUGCAAAAAAAGCAGCCUUGAUUGCACACACAGCGACACACACGGGAGAAAAACCUUAUACGUGCACAGUUUGUGGUGAAAGCCUUUCUUACAAGCACAGUUUGAACGCACACAUGAGAACGCACACCGGGGAAAAACCCUUCAGCUGCUCAGUGUGCGCCAAAACAUUCCCACAAAAGCAAAACAUGAUCAAACACAUGAGAACGCACACGGGAGAGAAACCUUUUAGUUGCUCGGUGUGUGGCGACACGUUUGCUCAGAGCUUCUCUUUGAGCAUACACAUGCACAAACACACGGGAGAGAAACCCUUUCGUUGCUCUGUUUGUGGCAAAAUCUUCUCUCAGAGCGCAAACAUGGUAGCCCACAUGCGGACGCACACGGGAGAAAAACCAUUCGGUUGUACAGUUUGCGAUAAAAUGUUCUCUCAAAGGGCACACUUGGUUGCGCACACGAGAACGCACACCGGAGAAAAACCUUUUACUUGCUCAGUUUGUGAUCAAAGCUAUUUCAAGAAGUCCAGCUUGAUGGCACACAUGCGCAAACAUGAUGCCGAAUAAAAUGUUUUCCUGCAUCGGGAGUCGUAAUUAAUCAGUUCCAACUUAACAAUAGAAGAGAUGUGUGACGAAAGAAGGCCAACAAGUGCAAUACUUCAUAAUCUGCCAAAUUUCCAAUCACACUAAACUAGAUUUGCCCUGGCUCAAAAAAAUCAAGAUGUCCCAGUUUUUAUGCUGAAUGGCAUUAUGGUAUUGUUAUUUCUUUGUAUUUUGGUUUUUUUUACUCCACAUUUCAAUGUCAUUGCAUGUAUUAUUCUCUGAGAAGGAUUAUAGUAUUUAUUUUUUUCUGAACAGCCUUAACUCGUCACAAGUUGUUUUUUGUGUUGGUCUCGGCCCUUCCAAUAAAGAGCGUAGAGAUGCCGACCUC